AUGUCCUCGGAGUACUCAUUCUGCAGCGAAGGUGGUUUCGACGAGUUGUCCAGUUCUUCCGACUCAGGAUUCGAUGUCAGCUUCGAAUCGCCAAAACAUGAAAUUCAAGCGGAUACUCUGUUUCCACCGGUGAAAGAGGAAAAGCGGAAGAAGGCGAGGAAUACGCGGUGCAAGAGUCCUACACAGGUGCUCAGGCUGAAAAGGAACCGUCGGAUAAAGGCGAACGAUCGCGAGAGGCACAGGAUGCACACCCUGAACGACGCGUUGGAGCGACUCAGGAUGGCGUUGCCGACCUUCCCGGAAGACACGAAGCUCACGAAAAUUGAGACGCUGCGUUUUGCCCACAACUACAUCUGGGCGCUGUCGCAGACCCUCGGGAACGCGGAAACCGGUGAGAUCACGGUGAAUGUGGGCAACGUGACAGUCAGCAUCAGCGAGAACGGGAACAUGAUCACAUCGUCCACAGGAAGCUGUGCUGUAGCCGCGCAAAAGCGGCUCGGACCGUCGCACACCGCGUUCCCCUAUCCUCAAGAGAGAUUCGUACCCGAGUGGCAGGAGUACGACUGCUACAGCGAUCAAAGUGUCAGUCCGCCGAUGCAGUAUCAGCCCUGUUACGAUCAGAGGAUGUACCACACGCAGCACCAGCUGCCUCCGCCCCAUCACAUGCCCCACAACGCCAUGUACCAGUGUCUUUAG